GCGCCGCGUGAGUUAUCAGUUCCAGCGCGACAGCGAACGACGUCAGUUGUUAUGGUAACUAGAUAACCGGAUUACCGGGGAUAACUAGCGUUAGCUAGCUAACCUCAGCGCAUUUCAGACGUGAACACAUUUGCGCGUCUUCGCUUUAUUCCGGAGUUAAACAGAGCACUAACCUAGCUGGCAAACGUUUAAUCAAAGCGUUGCUAGCGCUGCGACAUCGCCAGUUAGUUAGCCAGCUAGCUCGCAAGGUUAGCAUCCGAAAGAAUACAAACGUAAUUUGACGCUACAGUAGCUACAGUAAGUCGAUGACCGAAAAGUGAUCAGUCAUUCCAGAUCAUGAGCAGUUGGCCAGUUUUCUACUUGUUUUCAAAGUCAGACAUUUGAAACCGAAGCGAUGAGUUCACUGGGUAGAGGCGGUCUGAUCGGACUCGGCGUCGGGGUCACUGUCAGCACCGGGCUGGUCGCGUUUCUGAUCAUCAGAGAGGUGCUAAGAAGACGAAACCGGCGGCUCGAGCUGAACCCCGGCUCGUUUGGCGCGAGCUGCGCGGUUCUGGACGGACGCGUGCCCUUGGCGCGAGACUCCGGGACCCUGGCAGCUGCACUGCGUGGCCUGACCCCCGAGCAGCACACAGAGUUGGCAGACACCCUGGAUGAGGUGAUGAUGAGUGUGGCCAGCCUCCGUCACGAAGUCGCAGAGCUUCGCACUGGCCUGAGAGGUAUCGCCAGCACCAUCAUCGAGGACGUCAGGAAGGGAGUGGAAGAGAGCCAGAGGUCUCGCCGACGUCGUCAUAUCCUGCCAAGGGAGCGCUCUGACUCGAUGAGCUCAAGUUCUAUCUACUUCACUGCCAGCAAUGGGACAUCCAGUCGCUAUUGCGACAGUGAAGCAGAAUACUUGACGGCGUACUCCAACGCUGAAUCGGAUUACACUGACCGGGAGACAGACCGGGAGACGGAUAGAGAGGGUGACAGAGAGGAAGAUGAUGGCCAAGACACAGAUGAGGAAGAGGAGCAGAGCAAUGCAACAGUGCUCACACUCAGACAGGAUGAUUCGCAGCCUGAGGAAGACGAUGCAGAUGAGGAAGGAGCGAUGGCGGCAUCCAUGAUGCAGGUGCUGAGUCCGGAGCUCGCCCUGCUGCUGACGCAGAGUGACCUGUUACACGGUGGGGAUUCUGCGAAGAAGGCCGAGGGGUUCUGUCUGCUGAGGGAGAACAGGCCCCUGUAUGGUGAUAGUGUGGAGUUUCUUUGGAGACUAGCCCGAGCCUACAAUGAUAUGUGUGACAUUGUGGAGGAUAAGGGAGAGAGGCGGAUUUAUGCAGACCAAGGGCGUGAUGAGGCAGAGGCGGCACUUCACAGGAAUGGACUUAAUGCUGAGUGUCAUAAAUGGUUCGCCAUUCUGCUUGGCCAGUCUCAGUCUGAGAGCAUACAUGGUAAACUAAAGAGCAGUCAUAUCUUAAAGGAGCACCUGGACCGGGCCCUAGUCCUCCAGAAUGACGACCCGCUCUGUUUCUACCUGCUGGGCCGCUGGUGCUUUGAGGUGAGCAGUCUGACCUGGGUGGAGAAGAAGGCUGCUACUGCCCUGUACGAGACCCCUCCCACCUCUUCUCUAAAUGAAGCAUUGGAGAACUUCCUAAAGGCUGAAGAGCUCAAGCCAGGCUUCUCCAGGACUGUGAGGCUGUACAUCGCCAAGUGCCAUAAAGAGCUGGGAAAUCAUUCUGAGGCCAGACGCUGGGCACAGCUGGCCCUGACCAUGCCUGCCAACAGCCCCCAGGAGACUGGCAUCUCUCUGCUGGAGGAGGAGUUGCAGGCUUUGAUUGACAGCACAGUAGACCUGUUGCUCUGAGGAGGGGUCUGGUGAAAUUGUCCGUCACAUGACGAGAGGCUGUCUUACUAGUAAAAAAGUGUAAGGGGAGUGAUCCACACAUGAAGAAUCUCCCAGAAGAGUUAAGUGUGCUUAAAUGCAUUCAUUUAAGAGUUUGUAUUAUAUAAAUGUAAACACAUUCACUAACCAUUCAGUCUUAUGGCGAUGAGGGGGUGUAUGAAAUCAAGAUCAGGCUCUGUCAGGCCAGUACAGCUCUGCUCCUGGAGAUCUACUACCCUGUAGUUCAGUUCCAUUCCUAAUCAAACACACCUGAGCCAGGUAACCCAGGCUUUAAGUAGCAUCUGAAUUUUAGAGCCAGUUGUGCUUUAUCUCCUGGGACAGAGCUGGACAUCUGUUAUAUGCUACCUGUGUGGUCGUCUGGUGAGAAAAUACACCACCACAAGUCAGUCCAAAUUUACAGACACAAACGGGACCAUCACUGACAUGUAAAAGACAGUUUGUUAUAAGUAGUUAUAUAAGUAUAAGGUUUCAAAAUGUAAUUACCCAUGUUAAGUGACAGAAGUAUCAGUUAAAUUAUUUGACUGUGUUUAGACAAAAUAUUUUUGUUUUAGUUUAAUAUUUUUAAUCAGACAGUAACUUCUGCAGUGUCAUAACUAGCUGUCAUUCCCAUGGCUGUGUGUAUAAAGCUGCAUUUUAUUGCACUGUUAACUGACAAACAAUGAUGGCCUUAAUAUUUUGACUUGCAGAACCUUACAAUUAUAAUGAACCCUUUGUGUUUGCUGUUGCUCUGAAACCUUGGCAAGAGAUCAUUUUAAACUUUCCAAAUGCAACAAAUAGUAAAAUAAAAAUGCAUCAAAUAUA